UAUCCAAUCGCGUUGCGAGUACCAUAUGUCAACCGUUGGUCAACGUCCCCGCCCUGUCCGUUUGCGGGAGACCUGGUAGCAGAGAAAGCGCAACAUCGACAGUUCGUGGAACGACCCUUUACUUGGAUAAAAAUGAGAGAAAUAGUUCACCUGCAGGCUGGCCAAUGCGGCAACCAGAUUGGAGCGAAGUUCUGGGAGGUGAUCAGUGACGAACACGGCAUUGACCCAACCGGGACAUACCAUGGAGACAGUGACCUGCAGCUGGACCGGAUCAACGUAUACUACAACGAGGCGUCAGGUGGAAAGUAUGUCCCCCGUGCUGUGCUGGUGGACUUGGAGCCAGGCACUAUGGACUCUGUGAGGUCUGGUCCGUUUGGGCAGGUGUUUAGACCUGACAAUUUUGUUUUUGGCCAGAGUGGUGCUGGUAACAACUGGGCUAAAGGCCACUACACCGAAGGAGCUGAGCUAGUGGACUCGGUUCUGGAUGUGGUGAGAAAGGAGGCUGAGAGCUGCGACUGUCUGCAGGGAUUCCAGCUCACCCAUUCCCUCGGAGGAGGCACAGGCUCCGGCAUGGGCACGCUCCUAAUCAGCAAGAUCCGAGAGGAGUACCCAGACCGCAUCAUGAACACUUUUAGCGUCGUGCCUUCACCUAAGGUGUCGGACACUGUGGUGGAGCCCUAUAAUGCCACCCUGUCUGUCCACCAGCUGGUCGAGAACACUGACGAGACCUUCUGCAUUGACAACGAGGCUCUGUACGACAUCUGCUUCCGUACAUUAAAGCUGACCACACCCACCUACGGUGAUCUAAACCACCUGGUCUCAGCCACCAUGAGCGGCGUAACCACCUGUUUGCGCUUCCCUGGUCAGCUCAACGCCGAUCUGAGGAAACUGGCCGUCAACAUGGUGCCGUUCCCCAGAUUGCACUUCUUCAUGCCAGGCUUUGCCCCACUGACGAGCCGAGGCAGCCAGCAGUACAGGGCUCUGACAGUUCCUGAACUCACCAUGCAGAUGUUUGAUGCCAAAAACAUGAUGGCAGCUUGUGAUCCACGCCACGGGCGCUACCUCACAGUAGCUGCCAUCUUCCGAGGCCGGAUGUCAAUGAAAGAAGUGGAUGAGCAGAUGCUGAACGUGCAGAACAAGAACAGCAGCUACUUCGUCGAGUGGAUCCCAAACAACGUGAAGACGGCAGUCUGUGACAUCCCACCGCGUGGCCUCAAGAUGGCUGCCACUUUCAUUGGAAACAGCACAGCCAUUCAGGAGCUGUUCAAGCGCAUCUCUGAGCAGUUCACCGCCAUGUUCCGCCGCAAAGCUUUUCUCCACUGGUACACCGGCGAGGGCAUGGACGAGAUGGAGUUCACCGAGGCUGAGAGCAACAUGAACGACCUGGUGUCCGAGUACCAGCAGUAUCAGGAGGCCACCGCAGAAGAAGAGGGAGAGUUUGAAGAAGAGGGUGACGAAGACAUGGCCUAAGCAGCGUCUUUGUUUAGGCGUAGCCAAUAAGCAGAUGUCGGCUUUUCUUGCUUUAAUCCAAGUUUCAAAACACUGACAAGUGUAAUGGAUAGCGACAGUUCUACUGGUUUUGAAAGGUUUUUCUCAGGCUUUGUUGAAAACAUGUUAAAUAUUAAAACUGGCACUUGGAGCAGCUUGAAUGUUUUGCUUUAUAGGAGUUUUUACCUGCGAGGUUUUUCUUUGGUUCCUACAUCAUUUUAAAAUGAUCCUUGUAGUUGAGGCUGCUUCCACAAGUCAUUGCUUUGUUCAAGUCCUUUUUGUGUUUAUAUUAUUAUAGUUUCUUAAUUUUUUAGUGGGACUGGGAAAAAGAAGAUUUAAAAAAAAAAGUUCUAAAAGUUGUAACUCCAGUCCGGCUUACAUUGACCGUUCUCUUCCUUUAAAGCUACUACCGUGGUCACUUUUUUCUUUUACUGUGACAAGUUGGUCCAUCUUGAGAUUUAGUAAGUUUCUGUCUCAGACAGUCCAGAUGGUUUUAUGGGUUACACUGACUAGCAGUAAAGUGCUAACCCUUUUUAACAGUUACUGCUUUUUCUGGUUUGUUUAUAAGUAUUAAAUAAAGAUUUCUAACUUGCUGCUAUGCUG